ACCGCGCGCAUGCGCGCUGGGCUGCUGCGGGCACCUGCGCAAUAGUGAUCCCCGGGUCGCGCUCGGCGGAGACCGGCCCGGGAGGACAUGCUGCCAAAUAGUGAUCCCUUGCUGCUGGUGGUCUCCUGAGGGGGCUGCGGGGUCCGGGGGCCGUCCCCACACACCGCACCUGCCCGGGCAGCGCUCCCCGCCUCCCUCCGGCCUCCCAGCAGCGCCGCACCGCCGGCGGGGCCGCUCCUCGGGCCGCGAGGUGCAGCUGAGCUCGUUCCCUGCUGCCUGUGCCCCCUGCCCGGUUCCAAGCUGGCGAUGUCCAGGGUGCCGAGUCCCCCCCCUCCGGCAGAGAUGUCCAGCGGGCCCGUGGCCGAGAGCUGGUGCUACACACAGAUCAAGGUGGUGAAGUUCUCCUACAUGUGGACCAUCAACAACUUCAGCUUCUGCCGGGAGGAGAUGGGGGAGGUCAUCAAGAGCUCGACCUUUUCCUCUGGAGCCAACGACAAACUCAAGUGGUGUUUACGUGUGAACCCCAAGGGCCUGGACGAGGAGAGCAAGGAUUACCUGUCCCUGUACCUGCUGCUGGUGAGCUGCCCCAAGAGCGAGGUCAGGGCCAAGUUCAAGUUCUCCAUCCUCAACGCCAAGGGAGAGGAGACCAAGGCCAUGGAGAGCCAGCGCGCCUAUCGCUUCGUGCAAGGCAAGGACUGGGGCUUCAAGAAGUUCAUCAGGAGAGAUUUCCUGCUGGACGAGGCCAACGGGCUCCUGCCCGAUGACAAACUGACCCUGUUCUGUGAGGUGAGCGUGGUGCAGGACUCGGUGAACAUCUCGGGCCAGAACACCAUGAACAUGGUGAAGGUGCCCGAGUGCCGCCUGGCCGACGAGCUGGGCGGGCUCUGGGAGAACUCGCGCUUCACCGACUGCUGCCUCUGCGUGGCCGGCCAGGAGUUCAAGGGCCACAAGGCAAUCCUGGCAGCGCGCUCGCCCGUGUUCAGCGCCAUGUUCGAGCACGAGAUGGAGGAGAGCAAAAAGAACCGGGUGGAGAUCAACGACGUGGAGCCCGAGGUUUUUAAGGAGAUGAUGUGUUUCAUCUACACCGGGAAGGCCCCAAACCUGGACAAGAUGGCUGAUGAUCUGCUGGCAGCUGCUGACAAGUAUGCCCUGGAGAGGCUGAAGGUGAUGUGUGAGGAUGCUCUCUGCAGUAACCUGUCCGUGGAGAACGCGGCUGAGAUCCUGAUCCUGGCUGACCUGCACAGCGCAGACCAGCUCAAAACCCAGGCCGUGGACUUCAUUAAUUACCACGCCUCGGACGUGAUGGAGACGUCCGGCUGGAAGUCCAUGGUGGUGUCGCACCCGCACCUGGUGGCCGAGGCCUAUCGCUCGCUGGCCUCGGCGCAGUGCCCGUUCCUGGGCCCGCCCCGCAAGCGCCUGAAGCAAUCCUAAGCCGCGCUCCCCGCUCCCGAGCUUUUCUGGAAGCGGCCCCGGCCGCCGCUGCCGCCGCUGCCC